ACAGAUGAUGAUCUGCCUCCGACGCAUAGGGUUCCAAGAGGAGGACGUGUGUCUGCUAAUGGUGGAAGACCUUCGAAUCUUCCUCCGUCUUAUCCAAAGAUGUACGAUGAAGUUGCUGCUGAUAUGGAAGCUCAGAUUCACCAGAUUGAAAAGGAAGCAUAUGUCUCCGUACUAAGAGCCUUUAAAGCUCAGGCAGAUGCAAUUACUUGGGAAAAAGAAAGUGUAAUAACUGAACUCCGUAAAGAGGAAUGGAGACAAUCUGGAGGAAUGCAGCCAAGUAUGCGCAAUGCUGCUCAAGUGCUUCAUGAUACGUUGCCAAGCCCUUCAGUUUCAGCUUCUGUUAAGAAGCACAAACCAAACCAGCCGAUUCUUUCUCAACCGUUCGCAAGUUCCUCACCUUCUUUUCAUCAUCCUCAAGCUGAUCCCAUUAACCCGUUUGCUUCAUCGACGGCUAAACGAGGAGCUGUUCCCAAUGCCAAGGGCAAAAAGCAUAAACCAGCUUUCCCUGGCUCGUCUUCCGCAAAACCCAUCUCAUACCAUCCUUCAGAUCAACCUCCACGAGGACAAGUCAUGAGCAGGUUACCAUCUGCUCCUGCCAGGUCAAGUGAGCCCACAAACGGAGCCGAACCUGAGUCUUUUGUAGGAAGAAGAGUUAGAACAAAGUGGCCUGAAGACAAUACAUUCUAUGAGGCUCUCAUCACCAAGUUUAAUCCAGUUGAUGGUCUUCAUGCAUUGGUUUAUGACAUGGGAACAGCUAAUGAGACAUGGGAAUGGGUUAAGCUCUCAGAGAUAUCCCCUGGGGAUAUUGAGUGGGUAGGAGAGGAUCAUGGGGUUGGUAAUCGACAUGGUUACAACGGACAAGGCCAUGGUCUUAACAGAACUACAGGACCCAACAGUGUUCCGCAACGGGGAAGCGGGUUUACGAAGACCACUAUCAGAAAAGAUUUCAGAACAUCCCAGAAUGGAACUGGGAAAAAGAAACACCCCGAUAUACGAAUCCGUCAGACAAGUGUCCUAAUCAGAGAGGUGGAGGAGAGAGUUCUUGGUUCACACAAUCCAGAUCCUCAAGAAGUUGCAAGGGCUAAGAGAAUUUUGGAGGAGCAAGAACUUGCGCUUGUGGGUGCAAUCGCCAAGCUUGAAGAAAUAUCAGAUGGAGAAAAUGGUAAAAGGUGGAUUUCGUCGUUAACUUGUGUUUGA